UGGAGCCUUUUGAAAAUAAAGUCUCGAUAAGGGCUUUUGGUUUGUCUAUAAAGGUUUGUCAUUGAAUUUUAAACCAACUUACUCCUGCAGUAACACUUUUAUUUUGAAGUUAGUAGCCAGCUGUUGUCAGGUUAUAUUUCCGUGCAACUUGACACACAGACACCGGCGGGCUGUGUGCUGUAGGUGCAGGUUGACAGUUGCUCAAAAUGUCCCAGAUGCGCUUGUUGAGGCUGUUUAUCAGUGAGCGGCUGCACGUGGCUGCAGAGGAGAUCUUUGCAGCGGUGCAGAGAACGAUCACAGAGCACGAUGAGGAGGCUGCUGGCUCAGAUCAGGACAGCGACCAACACGGACUCACACAGGAAGUGCAUUCACACAGGAAAGACUCGCCGCAGGUCUUUGUCUGUGCGUAUGAGCAGGACCACUUCGGACAGGAGUGGAGUCCUGAGAGCUGCCACAACAACCCUGGUGUGGGUCAGGAGGACUGUGGCCUGCUGGUCCAAGAGCCUGCAGCAAUCAAACAGGAACAGCCAUGGAGCAGUCCAGAGGAACAACAGCUAUCUGAUACGGAGGACUCGGACACCAGCACCUUGAAAGUGUCACCCACUUGCAGAAGGAGUUUUAUUUACUCAGACAUGACUGAGUUACAAACUCAUGACAGAGGAAAUGAAGACACAGAGCCUGCUCCCAACACUUCAGCUGACCACAGAGACGUUGAGGGAAAUGCUCAGUCAAGCAGUGAAUGUUGGACUGUUUUGCCAGAUUGUUCUGUGACUCUGGAUAACACAGGGCCUGAGUUGGGUUUAUCAGCACUGACAGGCUACAGUGUCGGUAAAGUUCAAAUGCAGAGCCACAUGGAGAGAAACCGGCGGACUAGAAGCUGCAAACCACGCAGCCCAACUCCACCAAAUAAAGACACAAACAGAAGAAGCAGAUCCUACUGCUGUCGCUUCUGUGGCAAAGAAUUCAGCCACAGCGCACAUCUGGCCACACAUACUCAAACCCACACGGGUGAGAAACUGUUUGUCUGUGAGGUGUGUGGCAAAGAGUUUCGACAUGGCAACAGUGUGAGUGUGCACAUGAGGAUCCACACGGAGGAGAAGCCAUACCGUUGCAAAAUUUGCGGGAAAGCGUUUCGCCAUGUGGGAAACUUGAACGUCCACAUGAGAAUCCAUACGGGAGAGAAACCCUAUGCCUGCACUGUGUGCGGGAAGAAGUUCAGUCGAAAUAAUCUGAUGACAAAACACAUGGCUGCACACACAGGCGAAAUAAGUUUAAGUGUGAAGAGUGUGUUAAGAAAAGAUUCAGUUGGCAUGACUUCGUGAGAGUUGAGCGCUGCUGUGACGGAAUAUCAUCGGCAAAAAUGCCUUUACUGUAUAAACAGGUUGUUGGUGUGAUAGGAUAAACACAUGAUGGCUUACAAUUAAAAGCUGGGACUCAUUUUAAUGUCUGUUUUUGUACUAAUCAUUGUAAAUGAUUAUGGUUUGAAGCAUCAAAUUGUCUUUCUAUAUGUAUGAUUCUCACAUUAAAUACAUUUCAGGUGAAUUCUUUC